CAAACCAGCCGUUGCAGUUAUCGCACCCCAACAAAAAAAAAAACGUUUCGCCCUGAAAAUAUCUUGAGUUUUUCCCACAGCUGUGUCAGCUAAACGACACUCUGUAUGUCACCGACGUCGGAUGAGCGGCGAUCCCCACCAACCACCGGAAGGGUCGGAUAAAGCUAAGGUUGCGAAAACGCGCCACAGCCCCGUCGUCCGCUUCAGGAUGGUGAAGAUCGCGUUUAACUCUGCUCUGGCGCAAAAGGCGCUCGGUAAAGACGUGCCGGUCUCGGAAAAGGACCCCGAGUCUGCUGCAGAGGGCGGUGAGGGCUCUACGGGUCGCUGUCUGCUCACCCUGCUGGGCAUUGCCUUCUUAUUGAGUGGGCUGAUUGUAGGAGGCGCAUGUCUCUACCGUUACUUCACCCCCAAGAGGCUUUACCACGGUGCAAUGCAGUUCAGUGAUAUUUCUGCUGGCGUUGGUGGUGAGAACCAGCCAUACUACCUCCCACGCGUGGAGGAGGAGGUGGAGAUCUCUGAUGACAUGGCUGUCAUCAGUGUCCCCCCUCCUCGCUUCAGACCCGGGGACCCAGCUUACAUCCUCCACGACUUCCACAGGAAACUUACAGCAUAUUUGGACCUGACUCUGAGGACCUGCUUUGUGAUUCCUCUGAACACCUCGGUGGUGCUUCCUCCCCAAGACCUCAUGGACCUCUUCAUGCAGCUAAUGUCUGGCUCGUAUCGUAGCUAUCUGGUGCAGGAAGACUUGGUGGUGACAGAGCGCAUUGAUGAUGUCAAGCCCCUGGGUUUCUAUAUCCGCCGGCUGUGCAAUGGCAAGGAAACAUAUAGGAUGCAGCGCCGUGUUGACCUCCCAGGUGGCGGGAUCCAGAAGCGCUCUGCAGACGAAUGUUUCACCAUCCAUCAUUUUGAGAAUAAGUUUGUGACUGAGACCAGGAUCUGCAAGGCCUGAUGGGAGAGUGAGUGAGAAAGAAAACGUGCGAGCGAGUGAGUGAGAGAGAGAGAGAGAGAGAGUGAGAGAGAGAAGAGUAAAUAGAAAAGGAGGGCAGAGAGACGACAUGGCAAGAGAGAGAGGGACACUUGUUUUUCAACAUUUGGUGGUAGCAGAAAGAUAUUUUUGUAUACCCUUCUAACUACAGUUUUUGCUUCUCUUGCUUCAGCCCCAGUGAAAUGUGACAUUUCAGUUACAGCAUUUUAGCCUAGUCCCCUUUGUUCUUCAUCCCCUUUAACCUGCAGUAUAGGUCAUAACUUGCUCGCUCUUGAUAACUCACUCUCACUUAGCCCUUAGCUAGCUAGCUAGUGUUGUACUAGUUACCUGCUCUAUCUUGCAAAUGAAAGAGUUAGGAUUCUUUUGUUUGUUUUUUGAAACUAUAGCUUCCUGCAGACUGAUCCUAUCUUGAUUAUUGCAGUAUUGACUCAUGACCCGAGUUGAAGAGCUGUUGGAUAUUCUGGCGAAUGCCCUGCUUGAUGUUGAAAGGUUAUCCAUAUCAAUCUUGUGCAUGUCAGCCUGCUGCUCCUGUUGUCAACAGCUAGUAAAUGGAUGCAUAGGGCUGUGUUGACUAACCCUGUAUGUCAUAGGAAACAGGUUCAUCUAUCAAUAAUCCUGAUUGUCUGCAGACUUCAGCUUCUGAUUUUUGUUUUAAGAGUGUAACAGAGACACAACUCUGGUUCCUUGUCCGAGAGUCCUGCCCCCGGUCACAAUCUGUAGAUAUUUUCCACGACUUUCCUGCUGCUCCCACAGGCCUCAGUUGUUCUGCUUUGUGAUUAAUGUUAAGUAUUGACGGUGUCAUCCCUGAUGAUGGUGAGCCUAGCACCCUACAGGACCAGUGUUUGUGUUUAUAUUCAGUAGAAAUUUAUUUAAUGUUUGAAAGUUAUUUAUGGACUAAUGGAGGUAAAGGGAUUUCUUUUCUUUUUUGUUCCUUCUUUUUUUUUUUUUUU